AUGGGUCGAGUGAGGCAGAUGUCCUCCUCAUCCACCUCCUCCAACUUCACCUCCUCCAUGAGCUCCCCCAAGCUACGAAAAGUUGUGCAGGCCUUGUCGAGCACCUUGGAAGAGCACUCUGGGAUCCAGCGUAAGACCUCCGCUGUGGUGGAGUCCUUCAGCCAGGUACAGAAAUCCUCCCAGAUCCCCGAGGGAGAGUCUGUCCCAGAUUUUGAGGAGAAGCUGCGGCCCGUCACUGCCCAAGAAGAUGAGAUCAAAAAUCUGACCCUGGAGGACGCUGAUGUCUACAAGUGCAUUGCCUCCAACAAGCACGGAGAAGCCAUUUACUCUGAAUCCCUCAUUGUUACAGAAAAUCCAGCGUUGGAUUUCAAAAAGAUGCUGAAGAAACAGUAGGAACACAAGCCUAAGAGAGAGGAGAAGAGGCCACCUACAGAGGAGGAGAUGCUAAAGAUCCUGGCUGGAGCUGACAAGAGGGACUACGAGAGGAUCUGCGCCGAGCACGGCUUCACCGGCUUCAGAGGCAUCCUCAAGAAGCUGAAGGAGAUGAAGAAGAAAGUGGAGGUGGAGAUGGUACGCGUGCUGAAGCCCCUGGAGGACAUCACUGCCACAGCUGGCACCAGCAUCGUCUUUGUGAAGGAUCCAAACAUCAGGAUGCAGUGGUUUCUGGGCGCAGAGCUGCUGCGGAUCCAGUACUCUCAUGGAAAAUACGAAGUGAAACAGAUGGGAACCAAGCACCUGCUGUGCAUUUCUGGCGUGGGCCUCAGUGACACGGGCACCUACACUCUGCAGGUUGCAGACAAGAGACUGUCAGCCAGGCUUAGCGUCAUAGGUGAACCUCUGAAAUUCCUGUCUGACUUCAAGCCCAAGAAAGUGACGGAGCGCCAGACGGCCACGUUCCAGGUCGGUCUCUCCAAGAAGACCGAUGCACCACUCAUAUGGAAGGUAAAGGGAAAGGAAGUAAAAAGAGAUGAAAAGUUCGACGUGUCCUUGUCUGAGGAUGGGCUGACCUACACUUUGAGGAUUAAGGAUGUGAAAGUCAGUGACACUGGAGACUACACCAUCAGCAUCGGAGACCUCACUGCCACCGUGCCACUGAACAGAAGGAUUCCCAUCAAGUUCACCAGCCAUUUUAAGAACGUCUGCGUGCAGGAGAGAGGCAAGGCCCGCCUGGAGUGUGAGAUGAGCUCCAAGGACGUGCACGUUCGCUGGCUGAAAGACGGGUGUGAUACCGCAGCGAGUCGUCGCCACUUCUUCAUGCGCGAGGGAAAGAGGACAGAGGUGAUCAUCGAGGACUGUGAACUGACGGACGAGGGAGAGUACUCGGUCAUCUGCACUCAGGACAACGACGCUCACGAAUACGUCACUUCUGCAUAUCUGACCGUGGAUGAGUGUUUUGCCUCCCUGAAGAGUGGUAUGUCAGAUGCUCAGUGCCCCACAGGCUCCCCUGCAGAGCUGUGUGUUGUCCUUGAUGAGGAGAAGGUGGACGGAGUGUGGCUGAAAGAUGGAGCGGAGAUGUCGGAGCUGAGGGGGGUUCAGGUGGUCAAACAGGGAGCCGCUCACAAGCUGAUCUUCUCUGGCGUGACUGAUGCUCAUGAGGGAAAGUACACCUUCAGAGCCAAGCAGGCCGAGAGCGAGGCUGGGCUCACUAUUGCAGACCCUGCAGAAAUGGAUUCCUCUGUGCUGGACUUGUUGGGGGCCCGACCUGACCAAGCAGGCAAACAAAGAGAAGCUUAUUUUAUAAGAAGUCUGCUUCACCCGUCGCUGUGA